AUGUGGCUUCCUCAUUUUCUGCUCGUUUUCGUCUUCGUAAGCCAGCUCACAAUCGACACCGACUGCAAGAAGCCCGUAUCACUCAUUUGGCUUCCAAGUAAAUUUGAGGGUAACUUCUUGGAUGAUGUGGAUAAAUUUCAGGAUGAUCAACCCGUUAUAUCAUCAGCUUCUGGCUACAUCCGAAUUCCUAUGGAUCCAGAUAGAGCAGAAAUUGCCUAUUUCCAAACCCGAUUCAAAAAUCUGGGGAAAAUGGCUAAUUCCGUGAAUCGUAACGAACAGCGACUUAACCUUGUGAAUCAAGCGGUCCACCAUCUCCUUUACCAGACAUACAUGUCUCGGGAACAUCUGAAGGAAUGGUGCAAAGCACUCACCAAGACAAUGGAGAACCAUCGCCCAUACCAAGACAUUCACAUUGAAAUCCUACAUGCGCUUCACACUCUUCGUCUGCAAAAUUACGAGGAUCAGGACCUCACUCAAGAAAUCUCGGAAAUGAUGAAGCCCACUAUGUCAGAGUUAAGCCGACAGUCCUCAUGGGCCUCGGGUGUGUAUUCGCGAAUCCGGUUUAUGUCCAAGUCAAGCCGACAGCCGAUCGAAACGUCCCCAUGGGCCUCGGAGCUCCUUCGCCCCAAUGAGGGUCUCUCUGCAAAUUUCCGAAUAUGGGGAGAGGCCAACCUGGUAAACGAUGAACCGAGGUUGAGCGACUUUGCUGCGAUGAUAGAUAUCGACUACCGCAAUCAUGUCAGAUAUUUUCUUGGCAAAGUCUUGGACGAAAUCUUCUCGCGUCCACCUCCGAAAAACGUAUCUUCUCAGACAAGAAUAGUCGCGAUCACGCUACUCUUUCAUUUGCUGAACGUGAACGGGAAGUAUAACAACCUACCCGUUAUACUCGUGAACUCACUCAUAUCGAGUUCAAACCAAGAACGCUACUUCUUAUUCGAUCAUGAAAUUGCGCUGCUAAACAAGUUGUUGUGUGACCACCGAACGCUUGAACUUUCAAAAGUUAAGACGUCAAAAUAA